AUGCAAAAUGAUUGGAUUAAGUGCAUCAGACAGGAAAUAAAUGAUUUCAAAUGGCUUCCAUCAAAAAAUGCAAGAAUAUGCAGUGACCAUUUCUGUAAUAAAGAUUAUAAGGGUUAUGAUGGAGAAAGGAAGGUAAUGCUGAAGAAAGCAUUCCCAUGUUUUCAAGACAUUAAGAAAGUAAACUUGUCAUACCUGUUCAAUAAUUUUAAUAAGAUUGUUUUAAAUAACUAUUCUCAAUGUCAUUUUAUUAACACUACAUUAAAAGGUGGCUACAAAACAUUGAUGCAAUAUUCCGAAAUUAGUAAAUAUACGAUCCUAACUUUUGACUUGGGCGAUAAAAAAUCACCCUCCAAUUUCCCUCCGGAAAACAUGAAAAAGAAGAUUCCGGUUAAUCCGAAAUAUAAAGAUGUCAAAGCGACCAUUGACACUGGGGCCAGUAUGUCUAAGUAUCUUCAAAAGAUAGAGGAAAUUAAACAAAAUUACAAGUUCUCAAAGGAUGAAAUCUUCAAAAGAAUCAAGAUAACAACGUUUGUUCAGUUGUUAGUACAGGUGUACAAGUUGACAAAUGGAGAUGAGUUUGAUAUGCCUAGUACCCCAGCCGAUACAGAAAGAUCUGUAGAUGGCGCAAACGCUGAUGAGGAUUCACUUGACAAACCUUCAAAUGCAAGUUUUGCGAGUGGUGAAGUUAGCAAUAGAUCUACGUUACUUGGUGUUUCUCAAGGCAUUGGCGAGUUUGAUGUGUUGAGAGAGAAGAACUCAAGCAACAACACAGCAGCAACUAACUCGGGGACCACCAGCACCGCCAGCAGCAACAACAACAAACAGCUGCUAUUAAAAAGAGGCGUGGCUUAUUCUCUGAGCAGCUGCCAAUCGAAUUGCCCCUUCCUUCUGUUGGAUAUCAGAAAUAGAGAUGAGUAUGAUCAGUGUCAUAUCAUUCCCGCGAUCAGCUAUUCAAAGAGCAUGCUUUCUCGAUCUGUCAAUUAUGAAUCUCAAGAGAUGCUUGACUAUAAAAAUAAAGAAGGCUGCAUAAUAAUUGUUUAUGAUGAAGAUGAAAAAAUAGCCAGUAGCGUUGCAACUACACUAGUUCAGAGGGGCUAUGAUAACAUAUUCAUGCUUUCCGGAGGCUUAAAAGUGGCAAGCAAACUCUUUCCGGAAGGAUUAAUAACCGGGACGUUACCGUCUUCACUGACGACUGCAAAGAAAUUAAAAUCCCCGUCAACUGAAUUAGGAGAAUCAACACCAAAGAUAAAACAAUGCCUGGAGAGAGAGGACAUAGAUAAAUUAGAAAUCUACUUGAGUAAUUUGUCUAUGGUCCCAGAAGCCAACAGUCGCAUGAGCACUUCAACAUUGGAGACUGAACGCUACAAGGAUUGCUUCCUGAGACGCAAAAUUCCUGCUCGUUAUAUAAAAUGUUUUCGACUGACUGGCUCAGAGAAUUCUUAUGCCUUCUCGAGACUUUUCUUUCGUUACUGA